AAUGAGAAUACUCUACUCUAUAAUAACGAUAAUUUGCCUAAAAUCAGUUUCUAUAACGUCUACUGAUGAUUUUAUUCCGUUCUAUUCUUGGAAAUCUAUAAGAAUUAAAGCGGAAUUUCAUCAAACUGAUUUAAACGACGAGGAGAAGAAAAUACUUGAACACGUAUGGUCUCUAGCCAUACAAAGGACGUCGGAAGCGUUAAAAGUUCCAAGAGUACCGAGAAGAUUACUCUUACCAAGAUCUAAUUUAUCUUGCGAAAGAGCAUGGAUAAUUGGAUUAAAUAAAAAUAGAUGUGCUUCAGUAAAGAAAUUGCCAUUUAAUCAACUUGAAAAAUGUUUGGAUGACUUUAACAUUCCAUCAGAGCAUUUAGAAGGCCUAUACGAAUGGCCAUAUCAAAAUUCAUCAAUAUCAAAAACAAUAAUAAAGGAUGGCGAUGGAAUAAAAGAUUAUGAUUAUAUUCUUUAUAUUCAAUCAAUAGUUACUGAACGUUGUCAAAAAGAUAAAAGGCAUUUACUCGCAUACGCAAAAUAUUGUAAAAGGGAUCAUUGGGGAAGGCCAAUAGCUGGUUAUGUAAAUAUAUGCCCUAAUUUCUUUACCAGCGACUCUUUUUCUAUUGGAAAAGCUAAAAUGAUUGCCCUACACGAAUUAUUUCACGCUCUGGGCUUUACUAAAGACUUAUUUCACGAUUAUCAAAGUUGCGACCUACAAGGCAAAUGUACAAAACAUGUAAAUCCCGUAAAAGAUAUCUACUAUGCAAAGAGACUAGUUACGCCAAAAGUUGUUGAGAUGACCAGAGAGCAUUUUAAUUGUACAAAAAAGAGUGUUUUAAAUGAUUUUGGACCAAUGUUACAAAAAGAUAGUAAUGGAGAUAUAACAUCCCAUUGGGAUUCUUCACUUAUGUAUAGUUCAAUAAUGACUUCUACAGUAGGAGAUGAGAGGGUGACUAUCCUUGAUAAGAUAACUCUAGCUGCUUUCGAAGAUUCUGGUUGGUAUGGAGUGAAUUACGAUACGGCGGAUACUUUCCUCUGGGGAAAAAAUCUAGGUUGUAACUUUUCCUUGCCAAUAAACAGAUGUAAAUAUAAUGAUGAAUACCCUAAAUUCUUUUGCAAAUCGAACGAUAUAAUAGGUUGUCAUUACCUGCAAAGGGAUAGGGGAGUUUGUCAAAGCGACGAUUAUCUAGGCUGUAAUAAACUUCGUUGCGAUCGAGAUUUACUCAACGGGAGAUGUUUUAUUGCCAACAUAACAAUUAAGUCUAACUUUAUGAUUCGGGAGAAACCUUCUGGAAGAUGUUACGAUAUUUCAUGCAUGAAAAAUGGAACAUUACAAGUUAAAUUGGGUAACGAAUGGAUAAAUUGUCCUUAUAGUGAGACUUUAAAAUUGCAAGACUGGGAAGGAAUUCUUAUAUGUCCUUCAAUCACUAGUCAAGUUUGUCGAGACAUUCACAAACAGAUGACGUCAUAUGCUAUGACGACAACUCAUUCAUUUACUCAAGACGAUAUAGGAGGUCCUAUAGAAAUUAGUAUAAUAUUCAGCGGCAUUACCGUUCAACAGUUAAAUUUGAACUCUUUACUCGAAAUGACACCAAAUGUAAUAGCAAUAAAACUAUCAAGAGAAUUGAAUAUCAAAGAGGAAAGAUUAACUAAGAGACUUCUCACGGAUAGUAAUCUAAGCAAUUCAAUAAUAUUCAAGUUCAUCCUCCUACCUAAAAUUCGCGAUGGUAUCACCGCAAAUGAGGCUUAUAAUAUCCUAGAUAAUCUUAUUAAAGGUGGAAAAUUGAUAGUAAAAAUUGGAUCUUUUACAUUAAAAGGUGAAUCAAUUUCAAAGAGAAAAGCUCCGACGGAUAAUUCGAUAAAAAUUGAUUCGUUAGCGAGUACUGCAGCAAUUAUAGGAGUUGCAAUCGCCUGUAUACUUGUGGCAGCUAUUAUUGCAUUUAUGGUAUUUGUUAUUCAAAGAAGAUAUGUUAUUAUGCAUAUAAUAACUAGACCUCGAAGAUUAGCUAGAUUAAACAAUCAAAAUAGAAGAGAAGGAGGAGAAACUUCAGUUUAA